AUGACCCAGCUCGACAUCCUGUCCAGCACAUCGCUGAGAAUGAACAUCUCCGCCAAGGCACAGAGAAUGCCCUUGCGCAUCGUCACCUUUAACGUCCGCUAUGCAACGAAAAAGUUUGAGAAGAACGAAAGACCCUGGGCUGAGCGACGUCCCAAGCUCAUCAACCAAUUGAACUUCAUCACCGCUGGUCACGAGAGCCCCUUCAUUUGUCUCCAAGAGUGUCUCUUCCAUCAGGUCAAUGAGAUCCAGGAAGACCUGGGCUCCAAAUGGCAGCAUAUCGGUCGUGGACGGGGCACCAAACCUGAGGAUGGCGAGUUCUCUCCCAUCUUUUACCGUGACGACAUCUGGAAGAACGUCCGCAGUGAAGUACGCUGGCUGAGUAAGACACCUGAGAAGCCCUCUCGCGGUUGGGAUGCAGUACUCAAUCGUAUCGUUACAAUGGCCGAGUUCGAGCACCGCGUAACAGCCACCCGUGUCGUUGUGUUCAGCACCCACUUCGAUCACAUUGGCGUAGAGGCCAGACAGAACAGCGCCAAACUUCUCGUUAAGUUUGCCCGUGAGUGGGGGCAGGCUGGUAACAAGAAGGCAUCGGCAGUGCUCAUCGGUGGUGAUUUCAACAGCGAGCCCGAUGACGGGGCGUACAAGACCAUAACGGCGCCUGGUUCUGGCAUCUCUGACGUGUCGGACCUGGUGCCCAAGGAGAAGCGCUACGGCAAUGAGACGACGUACACAAGCUUCGGGGUAUCUAGUGUUGACAGAGAUGCCAAUCGCGAUGUGUGCAAGAUUGACAAGGCGGAUUCAAAGCAGGAGCUUGGCGACAGGGUCAACUGUCAUGGUGACAGGUGA